UGGUAGCCAGAUAUAAAGUCCACUCAAGCUACCAAAUAUCGUGACAAAGAUGAUUUGAGCCUUCGUUAAUUGAGUUUUUUUAAAUAAUUUCAUACUGCGGGCAGCUGUGAGGCAGGUAUCUGUGGGGGGGACUCGUCCUCUGACUCAAAGAGGAUUGACUAAAGGAGAGACUCAGUUCUGGGGCCCUUUGAGUGACCCCAGCGGCAUCGUAGUACUGUAACCCAAGAGAGGGAAGGCGCCACACGCAAUUCUGGGGUGUCUAGCCGUUUUAAUUAUUAUUUUUUUGAAAUAAUUAAAAUUUUGACCGGAACUUAGCCCCCAUGUUUUUGCAAUUUCAAUGACAGCCAUUCAAGUGUCUAAUGAAAUGAUGCAGAAUGGUUUGUACUCUUCUCCAAUUGAUUGAUUCUACAUUACUUGAUGAAAAUCGUUUUGGAGUAAUUGGGUCACAUCGUAAUGGAGGGGGAGGAGCCGCCAUGUUUAAUUGAACUCAACAGCUGACACAUUGACACUUCGAUGGAUACUUCAUAAAUAAAAAGUUCUACAGAAUGAACAAUAUUCUAAACUCUAGGUUCGUCAUGGAUAAUCUCACAACGGCAUGUCAAGUGAGAAAUAGUUUAGACAAGGAAUUCAUGACGCUUUUGGCCAAGUGGGAUGAAAAAGAUCUUCAAAUUCUCAUUCUCCGCAAAGGUUCAGAGCCACUGAAAGGAGAGAUAUGCAUAAAAAAUUUACUACAGCCAGCAGGGAAUUUCAGUAGAACGGAUGAACAAUAUUUGGAGGAUAUCAAGAGAGAAUUGGCAGGAGAAGAUGAAGGGGUAGAAUUUUCCAUCAAGGUCAAUACUUUCCAAUGGAAGAAAAAAGCAUGGAAACGUGGGUUGAUUGAAUGUCAACAUGUAAACAAUAUUGUUGUAUUUUCCGACUUGGUUAUGAAUUUUCUAACGUGUUGUCUGAAUACGGAAAAUAACACAUUGAAUAUGAGGAUGGAAAAUAAUAAUUUACGGAUAAGAUCGGAGGAAUUGGAAAGAACGCUAAACCGUAUGAUAGAGGCCAAAAAUCAUAUGGAGGAAGAAUUGUACAAGAAACUUAUUGUCCUGUUAAAUAGCAAAAAGAAAAAAAAUAGAGAAUUGAAGACAAAAGUGGAAUGUCGUUCUGCCAUUUAUGACCAAUCUACGGAUGAGAGUGAAACGGAAUUUGCAAAAAUACAGGAUAAUUCAAUAUCAUUGAAUAUUGAAGAUCCACGUGUUGAAUUUCAUAAAUCUGUAGCUUGUAAAACACAUAAUUUGUGUAAAAACGAAAGCUAUUCAUUAGAAGGACUUGAUGGAUCAAAUAAUGAGAGUGAUGAAUCUUUUGUUCUGAAAUUUUCCCAAUCGCCAUCUCAGGAGGCUCCUGAUGGAAAAAUCACUCGUAUACAUAUAACUGACCAACAUUCUGGAGAUGAUUUAUUUUCUGAUUGAACAUGUGCAUCGUUUUUUAUUUUCUAUUUACCAUAAAGUUCAUUGAUUGAUAUUAUUGUCAUAUGAAUAGAGAAAGAGAUUUGCAUUUUUAUGAUAUGCAUUAAAUUUCUAGUACCACAUCUCAUUGAAGGAGGAAAUCAAUGAAUUUACUAUGCCCAUUGCCGCUGGUACUACUGGAUCUAGAAAAUUCCACUCUAGUAUAGAUACUUUUACGUUUAAUAGCACCAAAUAGAACAAUUGGAUAAUCAUCUGUUUUAAGUUGGAAUUUAUUUUCUUGGAAAUCCUUUCGAUUUCCAAGGAUGGAGGUUUUCUUGAAAAAAUCAAAUCUGUUUGUACCCUCUCUGGUUGGUCCAGUAGGAAUUCGAUAUUCAAGAUAUAAAGUCAUAGGGUACUUGAUGGGAAGACUAAUACUUCGGUGAAAUUUUUCCUUUUCUAUAUUAAAUAACUUUCGGAUGGCAUCCAUUAUUUUCUGUAAUUCAUUCAUAUAUAUGCCCAAGUAUAAAUAAUGACUGAUACUUUUAUAAUUAUACCUUGAUAUGGUGAAAAUCGUGAAUUCCCAUUUUCAGUAAUUUGUGGGCUUGGAGAAAACAUAGGCGUCGGCCAUUAAUAAAAUUCAUUUCCAUGGUAUCCUGAUGAAUGAAAAAAAUAAAUAUUUUAUUACAUGA